UAUGACUGUUAAUGGACACAUCUGAUAGCGAACAUGACAUCUCUUCCUCUCCGAAGUCUGAAAGCAAAUUUGGACAUUCUUAUGAGGAUGAAAGAUUUGCAAGAGCAGAAGAAGCUAAAGUAGCUGAUCCUAAAGACUCUCCUAUUGUUUGGGGUAGACAAGAAAGUAUAUUUCUUGCUGAAUCUUCGACUUCUUCGGAAGACAUUCAAACUAUAUACACUGAAAGGUGUGAAACGGCUCCACUUACAACCGCAAGUGAAUCAGCAAAUACGAUAACAGAAGAACCAGAUUUUUCUGAUGAGUUUGAAUUAGUUGCCGAUUUUAGCGAGGGAGACUUUACAGUAGAGAAUGAAGGCAAUAGUGGAUCAUUAGAGGACGAAGCGCGAACCAAUUUCUUAAGCAAGAAGUUUAAAAUUCUCACCUCAUCCCAGACAAGCACCAAGACACAAACUGACACGGAGGGAAGAAGUGACGAAAAAGUUGCUGCCCAAAACUGUCAGGAAAUCAACUUCUGUGCAAGGAAAUUGGAAUUGGUGGAAACAAAUGGAAAGAAAACUGGAAUAGGACACUCUGACCAGAGAGUGAUGGCAAAGGCAAAAGGGAUGUCACAUGGACAGGAUAAACCCAUUGAGGGUAACAGAAGAAAGAUUGAAAAUUUAAUGAUUGAGAACUUGAUGAACAAGGCAAAAAAGCUUAAAGAAUGGGACUUCCACAAUCCUAAACACUGCACUGACUGCAGGAAAAUGAAGGCUAGUGUUGCAAGCAAGACUUUUUUGAAACGAAAGGUGGAGGUAGCAAAGAGAGCUGAGUUUGAAGAGAGACUUCAGUUACAUUUGUAUCACAAGGAUUCUGCUACCCUCCUUGCUGAAAUAGUGAAUUCUUGUACAAAGCCAUCUGAAUCCCCAGCUGAAGUUUGGGAAAAACUACUUUGCACAGAAAGAAAAAUAUGAUAACUGGUGUAAUACCAAUAUUAGUUACCAAGCUCUUGGCAAGUGGAGACGAGUAAAAAAAUGUGGGAGUAAAAAUCUGAAGGAUUCUAUGUACUGUAAUGUUGCUUAUUCCCAGAAAGAAAUGCCUGGAGUAUAAGUACUGCCAUCUGUGCUAAGUUAAUGCAUUUCAUUGAUGCCAAAUGAAGAACAGUUUUAUGAAUUAUGGUACAUCAACCCAAUUAUUGUAUCGGACAGAUCAUUAAUGAACCAUUAUGUGAGUGACAUCUGCAGGGUUGAGUGCUGUUGCCCUCAUUACACUCCUUACUUUUAUCCUGUUAUCCUCUGGCACAACCCACAAUUUAGUCACUUCCUAGUAACAAAGAGCUUCAAUUGGCUUUAUAUUGACAUCAACAAAACGCCUCUGCAUGUCAUAGGUACUCAAUGACAGACAUUUUUUUUAAACAUGAGAAUUUCCUGAGUGACUGCAUGGAUACAUGAUUAGUUUACUAUUUUCCUUGCUAAGUUAUUGAAAAAAUAAACAAAGGUUAGUGCUUAUUUAAACUUAUUUAUUUUAAC